GACUUUAAGUUGACUGUCCUCUUUAAGGGUCAGCUGUUUAGACUAGUCGAAAAACUCUGCAUGUUUUCCUGUAGUUAGCAGUGGCUAGGUAAGAGAACUCUUUAAUCUUUACAGAUUUACUAAGCACUUGAUACUAACCGAGCUAUCUGUAUCCCAGCUCUCAUGUAGAGAUCUGAGAUAUAACUUGUGAUUGCUGGGUCUGAGAAGUGCAAUAUUAAAACAAGCCAUGAAGUAUUAAGCUCAGUGUGUAGAGGAUCACACUGGGUUAUAACUCAGGGGCACAGAGGAGUUUCAAGCUUGUCUAAACUUCAAAUACUGCAGUGGCGGUACUGUAGUGCUUCAGUGAAGAUGCUUCCCAAGCCAACAGGAGGGGUGUGACAGUCUAUGCUAUUGUAGUCACCCCUUUUACAAGAUUAUGAUAUACUUUGUACAAAAUUUGACUUGAGGGAAAUAGAAACAGAAAAGCUUAAAAAAUGAGCAAAGGUGCAGCAGCUUCAAAGAUGGAUUUGGCCAAACUGAAGUUGAAGGAGAGAGAAUGAAAGCAAGUGUUGGUUAAAAGAAGCAGAGAUUGAACUGAAAAUGCAGGCAUUAGAGCUGAGAGAGAGAAGCCUAUAAGUGAGCCCUGGGACUAAAGCAACUGGAAGCUGAGGCUCAUAGGCAAGCCACAGAGCUGCAUGAGAAAACCAUGGAGCUGAAAGCCAAAGAGGCUGAGAAGAAGAAAAGGGAACGGAACUACAAACUGGAGAUGUUCGCAGUGCACUAUAAAAGGCACCCCAGGCUAUAGAGUUAAGGGUACACCGCUGUUCAACAUAUUGACAGCCAGGUGUGGAGUGCAAUCAGUGAAUGUUUCCAGGUGCCCAUGCCUCCACGCACCAGACGAGCCCCAGCAUGGAGCAAUGGCGAGUUGCUGGACCUCAUCAGUGUUUGGGAUGAGGAAGCUGUGCGGUCCCAGCUGCGCUCCAGCCGUAGGAAUUACGAUACCUAUGGGCAGAUAUCAACGGCCGUGCUGGAAAGGGGCCAUGACCAGGACGCGGUGCAGUGCAGGGUUAAAGUGAAGGAGCUGCGGAGUGCCUAUUGCAAAGCCCGUGAGGGAAACUGCCGCUCAGGUGCUGCCCCCACGACCUGCUGUUUUUACAAGGAGCUGGACGUGAUACUUGGGGGUGACCCCGCUGCCAAUCCGAGGACCAUGAUGGACACUUCAGAGCGGGAGUGGGAGGUGGAGGCAGAGGAGGUGGUGGGGGAGGAGGAAACCGAGAGUGAGGGUACUGGAGUGGAGGGAGACACCCCGGAGUCCCAGGAGGCAUGCAGCCAGGAGCUCUUCUCAAGCCAGGAGGAAGGCAGCCGGUCGCAGCAGCCGGUACUUAGUGAAGCACAAGCAGAAGAGCAGGAUCCCACGACCUUGAGUUCUCUGCUGCCCAUGUUAACAGCAGCUCAAAGACCGCAAAACCUGCGGAAGAAGCCAUGAAAAAGCAAAGACAACUUGCUGCAAACAGUUAUGCAUCACUCUGCCAGAGAGAAUAAAAAACUGUAGGACUGGAGGGAAAGGGAAAGCAGGAUCCGCCAGAGAAAUGCAGCGGCCAGGAAGAAAAGCACAAAGCAGCUGAUAAGCAUCCUGGCGCACCAAGCAGACUCUAUCGAGGCGCUCGUAGCCAUGCAGGCAGAGCACUACCGCACCGCACCGCCCCCUGUCCCAAAGCUCUUUCCCUUGUGUCCCAAUGUCAGCUCAAAACCCCCUUCCCCUGCAUCCAGGUUCUUACCUCCACCAGCUGCCUCCAACACCUGUGUAUUCACCAACCAGCCCUGAGAACUACGACCCUUACCCUCUGCACUCAACCCCCAUCACCAUGCAGUAUAGGCAUCCUGAAGUGCAGCAGUCAUUGCACAGCACUCCAGACAGGACAUAGUCAAACCUAUGACUGUACAGUUCCCCACCCCACUCCCCUGCCCUUUUAGGUUCCCAAAAUGUUGUGUGUCUGUCAAGAAAGUUAUUUUCUUUUGAAUAAAUGAAUUCUUGGCUUUGAAAACAGUCUUUAAUAAUGCAGAAAGUCAAAGAUACCUUAGCCCAGGAAAGAAACAGGCACUGCAAAUCAGCUUAGGAAAAACAGAUUCCUACUAACAUUGUAACCACUGCACUUCACUCCUGUGCAAGGCACCAAACAUUACUGUUUGCUUUCAGCCUCAGAUUCCUCCCUCAAGGCAUCCCUGAUCCUUGAAGCCCUGUGCUGGGCCCCUCUAGUAGCCCUGCUCUCUGGCUGUGCAAAUUCAGACUCCAGGCCUUUAACCUCAGAGGUCCAUGCCUGACUGAAUCUUUCACCCUUCCCUUCACAAAUAUUAUGGAGGGUACAGCACGCGGAUAUAACAGAAGGGAUGCUGCUUUCCCCCAAGUCUAGCUUCCCAUACAGAGAUUGCCAGUGCCCUUUUAAACAGCCAAAAGCACACUCCACAGUCAUUUGGCACCGGCUCAGCCUGUAGUUGAACCGGUCCUUCCUCCUGUCAAGCUUCCCUGUAUAUGGUUUAAUGAGCCAAGGCAUUAACGGGUAAGCGGGGUCUCCAAGGAUCACAGUGGGCAUUUCGACAUCCCUUACUGUGAUCUUCCAGUCUGGGAAAAAAGUCCCUGCCUGCAGCUUCCUGAACAGGCCUGUGUUCCGAAAGAUGCGUGCAUCAUGCACCUUUCCAGGCCAGCCUGUGUUAAUGUCAAUGAAAUGCCCACGGUGAUCCACAAGCUCCUGGAGAACAAUAGAGAAAUACCCCCUUCCGAUUAAAGUACUCAGAUGCUAGGUGGAGUGGUGCCAGAAUAGGAAUAUGCGUCCCAUCUAUCGCUCCUUCACAGUUAGAGAAACCCAUUUGUGCAAAGCCAUCCACAAUGUCCUGCACAUUCCCCAGAGUCACGGUUCUUCUUAGCAGGAUGCGAUUAAUGACCCUGCAAACUUGCAUCAAAAUGACUCCAACGGUCGACUUUCCCACUCCAAACUGGUUCCCAACCGAUCGGUAGCUAUCUGGAGUUGCCAGCUUCCAGACUGCAAUAUCCACCCACUUCUCCACCAGCAGGGCAGCUCUCAAUCGCGUGUCCUUGCGCCGCAGGGUGGGGGCAACCUCCUCACACAAUCCCAUGAAAGUGGCUUUUCUCAUCCAAAAGUUCUGCAGCCACUGCUUGUCAUCCCAGACUUCCAUGACGAUGUGAUCCCACCACUCAGUGCUUGUUUCCCGAGCCCAAAAGCGGCGUUCUGUGGUGCUGAGCAUUUCUGUGAAAGCCAUAAGCAAUGUCAUGUCAUACGCGUCAGGCGACUCGCAAUCAUCGUUGGACUCCUCAUCACUUUGGAGCUUAAGGAAUAG